CUUUUCCAAAGCUACUUUUUACGCAAUUUUGGGGCGUCUGGGGUAUAGCAACGUAACGAUUACAAUUAGGGCUAUUUUGCAUCUUUUCAUUCCACCUUUCCCUUUGUGCUUUUCCAGGCCAUCCUCGGACUUUUGCUCCUAAAUUCUCAACUUCCCAAGGGGAGACCCCUAUCCGGGUUUAGAUUUUUCCGUUUUCUUCUUUUUUCGGUCGGGGUUGCGCUUUUUUCUUUUUUUUUUUUUUUUUUUCCUGAUCUUGAAAGUGAUUUGGCUAAAGAGAUAGCGGAGGUGGAUAAGAGAUAGGUAGAGAAAUGUUUUUCGUAUCGAGAUUUUGGGAGAAGGUGUGUACGGUGGCAGAAGGGGGAUCUCAUUAUUGUUCCAAGAAGACUGACGAUAAAUAUGGCACUCCCCAUGGAGAGGAAUCUGGACGGAUAUUAAGCAUUGCCAGAUUAAAAUGUUUCCUUCGGGGGCUGGAUAUAAAGGCUUACAUCUUUAUUUUCGUAUUGGUACCGACAGCUGUCUUUGUUACACAUAUGCAUGGUCAAAAGAUAACGUAUUUCUUGCGACCAUUAUGGGAGUCUCCCCCUAAGCCUUUCCAUGAGAUUCCGCAUUACUAUCACGAGAAUGUGUCGAUGGAGCAUCUUUGCAGACUUCAUGGUUGGGGAUUACGUGAGUUUCCUAGGCGUGUUUAUGAUGCAGUUUUGUUCAGCAAUGAGGUGGACGUGCUUAAGAUAAGGUGGAAAGAGAUCUAUCCUUAUGUAACAGGGUUUGUCCUGCUAGAGUCGAAUUCAACAUUCACUGGGUUGCCAAAGCCUUUUGUGUUCUCUGCAGUCCGAGACCAGUUUGAAUUUGUUGAGCGCCGAUUCUUUUAUGGGCAAGUCCCUGGGAGGUUUAAGAGAGGAGAGAAUCCUUUUGUUGAGGAAGCGUAUCAGAGACUUGCAUUAGAUUUUCUCCUCAAAAAGGCUGGCAUUCAAGAUGAUGACUUGCUGAUUAUGUCGGAUGUUGAUGAGAUACCUAGCAGGCACACGAUUAAUUUAUUACGGUGGUGUGAUGGUAUACCUCCAAUUCUUCAUCUUCGCCUCAAGAAUUAUCUGUAUUCGUUUGAGUUCCUCCUUGACAAUAACAGCUGGAGGGCGUCCGUACACGUUUAUCAAUCUGGCAAGACAAGGUAUGCUCACUACCGGCAAUCUGAUGACAUUCUGGCUGAUGCAGGAUGGCACUGUAGCUUUUGCUUCCGGCGCAUCAGUGAAUUCAUAUUCAAAAUGAAAGCUUACAGUCACGUUGAUCGUGUGAGAUUCUCUCAUUUUCUGAAUACCAAAAGAAUCCAGAGAGUCAUAUGCAAAGGAGCUGAUUUAUUUGAUAUGCUCCCUGAAGAGUAUACGUUUAAGGAAAUUAUUGGGAAAAUGGGACCCAUUCCGCACUCCUACUCUGCUGUUCAUCUCCCUGCAUAUCUUUUGGAGAAUGCGGAUCGAUAUAAGUAUCUUCUACCGGGGAAUUGCUUGCGAGAGAGUGGCUAGAAUGAACAGCUUGAGUACAUAAUGCAUUUUGUAUAGGUUUGAGCUCAGGUAUGCCUCCCAGUCCCAGAGAAAAACAAGGCAACUGUUGACCAACUAAUGACUGUCGUGUGUUGCUUUUAUAACCAUGCUACAUGUCCGGCCUACUUCUCUAUAUCCAUUCUUUCGACAAGUGGUAGAGCGUGUAUCAUCGAGCUGAGUGUUGUAUAUAAUUUUCCUUAGUUUUUUCUGUGUUUAGAUUUGUGUUUCUUGCUAAUGAAUGGUAUCGGUGCACGGCUGUUGUUACAGGUACAAGUUUUGUAAUGAGCCUUGAGCUUCAUGUUGGCUUUUAGUCUGUUGAAGGAAAUAUUUAAUGUCGGAUCAAUCUGUUUGUUUGUGUAUAUUGUUUAAUUCCUUGAUAAGCAGCUAUAGCAUUCUUCA